AUGCCAGAAAAUACUCUUGAAUUGUGGAUUUGGAUCAGUACCCAAAUAGUCAUAGUACUUUUUGCCAUAGCAUUAUUAUAUUGUCAUCUUAAUGAAAGAGAUAAAUUCAAAAAAUAAGUAAUUCAUUUUGUAUAAAGAUCUAGUUGUAUGAUUUCAGAGAUAUUCGAGAAACUACAAAUACCAGAGAAUUUACAGAUAUUAAUAGAAAUUAGGUUUAACCACUUCUUAGACCUUUAAACGGAGACAUAAAUGAUAAACAGUGA